UACUGUAAUCAGAUAGGCAAACCUUGAAACUCACGUAAAGAUGAUUACACAAUCAUUCUGUAAUGUGACAUGACAUACAGUCUGCAGAGAACCUUCGAUUGGUUCUUUGUGAAGAUUAGAGCGAUAGAAAGAUAAAACGUUGAUUAUAGCGGAGUGAUAAAUUUUUAUGGUACGAGAAUGAAAGAUUCAGAUAAAGUGAACUCAGGUGACACAUUCGAACUGACUUUAACGUCGAUCUCCUCACUAUCAUCUUCAACAUCGCCAUCUUCGGGUUCAUACAAAAGAACGAUGGCUUCAACACCCGAAAAGCAAAAUUCUUCGUCAAUAUACUGCAGGAUUUGUCACGAAGAUGAGAGUCUUGAAGAAUUGGUGGACCCCUGUAAAUGUGCUGGAUCUGUGGGCCUCGUCCAUACAAGCUGUUUGGAAAAAUGGCUGUCUACUUCGAACAGCGACCGUUGUGAGAUUUGUAAAUGGGUUUUCACAAUCGAAAGAAAGCACAAACCUAUUGGGCAGUGGUGGAGAAGUAGCAAUGGUAACGGCGCGAGAGGAAUCGCAGGAGAUGCAAUAUGCCUCUCGAUAUUGACGCCAUUGUGUUUUGCCGCAACAUAUUUAUGCGCUCUCGGUGCAUCUGGAUAUUCCGGUCUCGGAUAUUGGGAGGGAACUGGAUUGGCCAUUCUAUGCUCACUUCUCGUUAUAACGUAUUGUCUCUGGCUAAGCAUCACCGUCAGAUUUCACUACAAAUUAUGGCGUCGAUGGCGCAAACAAAAUCAGGACGUUAUUUUACUGGUAAAGCACAAGGCUGAUGGUGCGUUGGAAAACAAUUCGGAAAAUCUGUCGAAAAAACCACCGCGAAACAGACAAGAGAGGAAUAAUCACAGCUGGAAUAUGUGCGGAAGGCCAGCACCGAGAUUUCUCUACAGUAUUCCUUUCAGUCAUAGUCAAGAUCCGACUUAUACUUUCCAUCAACAGACAAGUUUCGUCUGACCGUUUAUACGUAGCGAAUGAUAAACUUUUUAUAAUUUUAUUACCAGUAUAAAUAGAACAGCAACCAAAAUUAUGUAAGAUCUAAGUUAUGUAUGCUUCACUAUAAGGUAAACCUCAGUGACAUUAUUUAAUUUCUUUUUUUUUACGAUAUUCAUACGUGUUAAUUUUAAUGUAAUUUUCAAGAAUAUAAGAUAUUUUUUUAUUCGUA